CUUUUAGACUCAUUUUUAAAGGAUAGCUAUCUCCGUCAUUUCAACGCAACUUCACCCAAACUCUCAAUAAUCGCUUUUUUCGAAAAUCUCUCAAAUCUUCAACCAUGUCGUGGCAAGCCUACGUCGAUGAUCACCUUAUGUGCGAUAUCGAAGGGAAUCAUCUCUCUAGUGCAGCUAUUCUAGGUCAAGACGGCAGCGUUUGGGCUCAGAGCUCUAAUUUCCCUCAGUUUAAGCCUGAGGAGAUUACUGCUAUCAAUGGUGAUUUUAAUGAUCCUGGAACUCUUGCUCCUACUGGAUUAUACCUUGGGGGGACCAAGUAUAUGGUGAUUCAAGGUGAACCUGGAGCUGUUAUUCGUGGGAAGAAGGGUCCUGGUGGUGUUACUGUUAAGAAGACCACUCUGGCUUUGGUGAUUGGUAUUUAUGAUGAACCAAUGACUCCUGGUCAGUGCAACAUGAUAGUUGAAAGGCUUGGUGAUUAUCUCAUUGAACAGGGUCUCUAAACCCCUCGACAUAUCUUAUUAUAGUUCAUAUUUCAUUGGCUUCUGUACAAGGUUUUUGCGUCCUCGAAUGGGAUAUGCUUGAUUGCAGUUUAAUAAUAUUUUGGAUAUUGGGUCUGGUGUGGCGAAGAAGUGUUUGGUGCUUGAGAAAUGAUAACUAUAAUCAGUCUCUGUACUUUUUUUAGUGGGUACCCUAUACAUUAAAGUGGUUUUAAAUCUUAAUGCAGUAUAAUGGUUGUGGCA